GACGAAACUCCACCGACUGUGAAUCAGUUGAUCCUGAGAUGUCUUUCACUCCCCAUUCUCACUGCGAUGUCUGAUAGAAUGGAAGAAAAGGUCUCGUGUCUUUACGGGAUCGCGAAUAUUGUGAACGGGUGUUUUAAGUUGCAUAUAGCCGGAGGCAAUCAUGUUGUUCGCACCUAAAAAUUCAACUAAGCAUGAUGACUUCUCCGCUUUUCUUCACCACUCCAUCUUUCUUUACUAGCCAGUCAAAUCCUACCGACAGUCCAGAUGAGAGCGCCAUUACUACGGAUAAUCUAGACGAGGGCUCAGCAUCGUCGACAUCCAUAUUCAACACCAUGAAUCUCGGAGAUUAUCCAGUGUUAUUUUUCACCAGCCCCUCAAAUCCCACUAUUACCACAGAUACAUCAGAUGAGGCCACCGUCACUACAGAUAAACCUGGCGACCCCACCAUUACCGCGGAUAAUCCAGACGAGCCCAUCGUUAGUACGAAUAAACCAGACGAGGACACCGUUACUACAGAUAAACCAGACCAGGACACCAUUGCCACGGAUAGUCCAGACGAGUGUUCGGAACCGUCGAAAUCCGUCGAGGCGAAGAAAAUCGGGGAUCGUACAAUGUGGCUUUUCACCUAUCACUCAAAGCCCACCAUUAUCACAGAAAAAACAUACGAGGCCACCGUUAUCACGGAUAGUCCAGAUGAGCGUUCAGCACCGUCGCCAUUCAUAUCCAAUGUCAAGAAACUUGGAGUUUUCACCCCCCACUCCAAGCCCGCCAUCAGUGCUAUAGAUAAACCCGACGAGCCCAUCGUUGCUGCGGAUGAACCCGACCAGUCUACUCCUACGGACAAAUCCAACGAGCCCAUCCAUACUACGGAUAAACCAGACGAGUCCUCCAUUCCUAUGGAUAAACCAGACGAGCCCACCCUUACUACAGAUCCAGAGGAGCCUACCGUUACCACAAAUAGUGCAAACGAGCAUUCAGCACCGUCGGGAUUCACAGUCAAGAUCAAAAAAUUCAGAAAGCAUUCUAGGUUAUUUUUUACCCGUCAUUCAAAGCGCACCGUCACCACAGAUAAUCCAGAAAAGCGUCCAGUGCCGUCGGUCAUGCGCAAGAAACCCCGAAACCGAUCAAAGCUAUCUUUGGUUAAGAAGAAAAGUCAACCAAACGAUCGUUCGCACGAUAUGUAUACCGUCGCUACGGAAGAGCUCGAGAAUACUCUCCACCAACUCUCCGAUUACACGCGUUACCCCGCCGAGUGCUUGCCACGCCGCAGAGAUACUGCGUUGGCCAGCAAAGGAUCGUUUAAGAAAUCUCUGCCGAGUCGAUCGUCAUCUUUAGCAUCAUUUUACACGGCACCGUCCCAUCUAGAAAUUGUUGUUGACGGUUCAUCGAGGGAAAGAGAAGAAUGGGUCGCAUGGCCAUGGCCAUUUUUCUCCGUUUCGUCGUUCCUUUCACGAUUUUCUUGAUCCUCUUGGGGGUGAUUUGGACAGAUUUCACAUAGACAUUUCAUGAUUUUCUUUUUCGAUAGUCUCAGUAUUGUUAGCAGCGAAUUUUUAUUCCUUUGAAGAUACUUAGAUACUGACGCCGUAUCUCGCACGCAUUUAGAUUGUACCCAUUAGAUAAA